CGGACGCAUCCGGGCGGCUGCAGCAGGUGCCGCCUAAGGCGUUCCGUGCACUUUGCUGCACACCCUUCAGCGAUGAUGGCGGGCAGACAGUCCGGUCGGAGCCGAGCGGUUCUUCUCCCCUACCUUCUGGGCUUAAGCCUGAUGGUGAUGCCAUCCGUACAGGCCCGGAGGCUGCGUUUUGUUACCUUGCUGUACCGACAUGGAGACCGGUCACCAAUGAAGACAUAUCCCAAGGACCCCUAUCAGGAAGAACACUGGCCCCAGGGAUUUGGUCAACUAACCAAGGAGGGGAUGCUACAGCAUUGGGAGCUAGGCCAGGCUCUGCGACAGCGUUAUGAGGGCUUUCUAAACACUUCUUACCACCGACAAGAGAUCUAUGUGCGAAGUACAGACUUUGACCGUACUCUCAUGAGUGCUGAGGCCAACCUGGCUGGACUCUUCCCUCCCAGUGAGAUGCAGCAUUUCAACCCUAACAUCUCAUGGCAGCCUAUCCCUGUCCAUACUGUGCCCGUCUUUGAGGACAGGUUGCUGAAGUUCCCACUGGGCCCUUGUCCCCGUUACGAGCAGCUGCAGAACGAGACCCGGCAGACGCCGGAGUAUCAGAACAGGACUGUUCAGAAUGCACAAUUUCUGGAAAUGGUGGCCAAUGAGACAGGGCUUACAGACCUGAACCUAGAGAGCAUCUGGAAUGUCUAUGACACACUCUUCUGUGAGCAAGCACAUGGGCUGUUCCUGCCACCCUGGGCCUCACCUCAGACCAUGCAGCGUCUGAGCCAGCUAAAGGACUUCGGCCUCCGCUUCCUGUUUGGGAUCCACGAGCAAGUAGAGAAGUCCCGGCUUCAAGGGGGAGUUCUCCUGGCUCAGAUACGGAAGAACCUGACCCUAAUGGCCACCACCUCUCAACUCCCUAAGCUCCUGGUUUAUUCUGCGCACGACACCACUCUAGGUGCUCUGCAAAUGGCCCUGAACGUCUACAAUGGUAAACAAGCGCCCUAUGCGUCCUGCCACAUCUUUGAACUGUUCCGGGAAGACAAUGGGAAUUUCUCAGUUGAGAUGUACUUUUGGAAUGAAAGUAAGAAGGACCCCUGGCCACUGAUCCUGCCCGGUUGCCCACAUCGCUGUCCACUGCAGGACUUCAUUCACCUCACGGAGCCUGUCAUACCCAAAGACUGGCAGAAGGAGUGCCAACUAGCAAGUGAUACUGCAGACACAGAGGUGAUCGUGGCUCUGGCUGUCUGUGGCUCCAUACUGUUCCUUCUCAUUGUACUGCUUCUCACUGUCCUCUUCCGGAUGCAAGCCCAGCCUCCUGGCUACCACCACGUUGCAGACAGGGAAGACCAUGCCUGACAACCACUCAGCCCCCUUCCCUCUGCCUCCUAGGGGAAGUGGGCUGGGCCCCUGGGCCUGACUGUUGCUGCUCCCUAGUCCAUGGACCAGAGACUUAAGGUGAAACCUCCCUGAUUAUCCAAGCCCAAAUAAGUGGGGCUGAGCAUUCACAUGCCUGAUGUUUACCAAGUACUGUGUUGGACAUGGUUUUCUCCAAUUGGGAUUUGUCUCUUCCAUACUUCCUAAGCAUGUGAGAUAGUCAAGCAUUCAGGUUUCACUCAGGACCUGGAUUAAAAACAACAAACAAAACCACCAAGAAGGAACUGGUGCUGACCUGCCUUGCUCUUCCACCAAGCCUGCUUUCUCUUCUCAUCUAGUGUUCAGCAAAUGACCAGAGGACAUUGUCUUGCCUCUGAGUGCUUACAGAAGGGAAAACUGCACAUCACUGGGGGUACAAAAAUUGGCUGCCAAGGAACUGGCCCACCCAGCGACCAGCCAGCCAGGUUGUCUUUUGCUGAAGCUCCUGCCUCUGCUCUAAUGAUACUUCCGGCACCUUUAUUACACCUCAGUGUGAACAAGUGUCUUGGGCAGGUCUGAAGGAUAUUUAUACUUCCAGGGAGGGAGUCGGGGGAGACGAGAGGGAGUGAAUCACACAGAAUCAUGGAAUUACUCUCUCAGCUGGGCUGGGCUGGGCUCUCCAAGAACCUAAGAGGUAAAUGCAGUGGUGAGUUGGACGGACCCUGACUGUGGCCCAGGACAGUGCUGAAGCAGAUCUAAGAAUGAAGUUUUGAACUGUGAA